AUGGUAUUUCGCAAUACCACCGUCCGUGCAGGAUACUAUCUGAGAAAUCACCUGGAAGAGCAUAUCAGCGAAAAGUCAUGGCCGUCCAAGGAACACCUUCACGAUGUACACCAUUACAACAAGGCUAUUUGCGUCCCAUCCGAGAAAGCCCGCAAGAAGCGAUCUUUCUCUGACAUAGACGAGGGAUGUGUCGGAGAUCAGGACCCACCUAAGCGGGAGAGGCGCCCCCGGAAGCAGCAGAAGAAGUCCUCAGCAUCACCGCACGCUAGUCUAAAAGAUCUGAAGAUUAUCCUCUGGGAACCUCCCAUAAGACAACACCAGGCCGUGUUUCCUCUUCCCGCUGAGGCGGCGCAUGAGAAUGGAGAGCGCCUCACGGAUCUCGCCUACCAAGCGGUUAAUCACUGCGGGCACUUUGAAUAA